AUGUCGAAGGCACGCGCCGGUGUAGACCAGGUCGUCAAGCUCAUCGUGGGAGCGGGCCAGGCCAGCCCAAGUCCGCCUGUCGGUCCUGCGCUUGGUUCCAAGGGUGUCAAAUCGAUGGACUUUUGCAAAGAGUUUAACGCACGAACAGCACACAUCCUCCCCGGAACGCCAAUGCCCACUCGAGUCACUGUUCGAGCGGACCGAACUUUCCACUUCGAUAUCCGAACACCACAAACGUCAUGGCUCUUGCGCAAUGCCGCAGACUGCCCCAUGGGAAAGAAGGGAAAGAGGAAGGGCGCAAGCAGGCCCGGUCAUGAGGUAGCCGGCACCGUCACCCUGAAGCACGUCUAUGAAAUCGCAAAGAUCAAGCAGUCCGAGCUGCGCCUGUCUGGCCUCUCCUUGGAGGGCCUCGUCAGAUCAGUAAUAUACCAGUCAAAGUCGAUAGGCAUAGCCGUUGUCGCAUGAAUAUUGGGUCGGGAAGAUGAGUGCUUCAGGGAGCAACAUGGACGGGUUUGGGAAGGGGGGUGGAAUAGGAGUUGAUUGCACCUUCAACGCUGUGGAAUCUAUCCUCUGGAGCGCUGGACGGAUCUCUGCAGUCUCCUUUCGGCCACAAACCAAAGAUGGUUUGUUGUUUGCCUAGGGUCUUUGGUGUGUAGGUAUUAUCCAUGUAAAUUACUGAAUAUGGCAGAGUCAAGGUUAAUUGCUGAUGAGGCUGCUGAGACUCGGACAACGCCUAUCCCCAAACUGCAUUAUUGCGUUGACUUUUGUAGCGGUGCUUGCUAUAUCUGCAGGCGCGGGGCGUAUCGGAUCCUUUUGUACCACUUUCUUGCCCCGAAAGGGUACCAUCAAAGAUCUAGCGUUUUAAAUGGCCAC